AUGCUCUGUUCUUUCUUCGUUUAUUCUUUUUUUCGUUCUUCAUUUUCCUUGACGCCCCUUUUUUCUUUUUUCUUGAUUUUAAUUGGCUGUCUGUGUGUCUUUCUUAUCUUCUUCCUUGCUUGCAACAAUCUCUUUUUUUUCUCUGAAGACUUCUUUCGUUAUUUUUUCACACCUUCUUUACAACUUUUUACCCUUUGUUUUCUCCGAAUAUUUCUUUCUUUCCAUCUUUUUUCUUUCUUUUUGUCAGUCUGUCUUUAUUUCUUCUCACCUUCCUUACAACCUUUUACCAUUUGUUUUUUCUCUGAAUAUUUCUUUCUUUCUUUCUUUCUUUCUUUCUUUCUUUCUUUGUCUUUCUUUCUUUCUUUCUUUCUUUCUUUCUUUCUUUCUUUGUCUGUCUUUCUUUCUUUCUUUCUUCUGCCCUCCCUUAGAACAUUUUGCUCUCUGUUGUUUAUCCGAAUAUUUCUUUCUUUCUUUCAUUCAUUCAUUCAUUCUUUCUUUCUUUCUUUUUUUCUUUUUUUCUUUUUGUCUUUCUUUCUUCUCGCCUUCCUUACAGCCUUUUGCCUUUUUCUGUCUGUCUCUCUUCUCAACUUCCUUACAACAUUUUACUCUGUUUUUCUCAGAAUAUUUCUAUCUAUUUUUCUUUCUUUCUUUCUUUCUUUCUUUCUUUCUUUCUUUCUUUCUUCUCCCAUUUUUUUUUCUUUGACUUUCUUUCAUUUUCUUUCCUUCAUUCUUUCUUCCUUUUCAUUUUCCUUAGUUAAAUUUUUUCGUCGUCUCUUCUACUUUUCUCCAUUCUCCUUUUCAUUCUUUCCUUACUUUUUUUUAGUAUCUUUCUUUCAUCAAACUUUCAUUCACUUACAUUCCUUUGCUCUGUUCUUCCGUCCCUUCUUCCUUUCUUUCUCUCAUUAUUUUCUACUUCCUCUUCAUUUUCGUUCUCUACGUCUUAUUCCAUCCUUUUUUCUCAAACAUCUAAUCCUUCUUUAUUUCUUCCUUCCUCAUUUUCUUUCAUUGUUCCAACCAAUAUUUUCUUUCUUCCCUAUUUUCAAAACUAGUGUCUCUUCCUUUCUUCCCUGCGUCUCUUUCGUUCCUUGUUCUCGCCUCUUCAUAUUCUUAAUAGGAUUCUAUGAGUUUCGUGGAAGUUUUUAA